AUGCCCAUGCCGCCAGCAUAUCACGAAUCUCUCCCAUACAUUGACUCGCAGCCGUCAGAAUCAGAACUCGCAGCGGCAAACGACCUCAUAGCGGCCGAAAUAGCCGUCCUUCCACCCCCGUCGAUAACCGCCGCGCCCGCCCCCAACUUCACACCCAUCUUCCAGAGCGAGCUCGAACGCGUGGCCGCGCAAGCACCGCUACAAACUCUCACGCUCUCCCGCUACGAGGCCCAGGAGACCCCAAGUAGUGAUGCCGGCGCGGAUCGAUUGAAAGAGGUCCUGGACAAUGCGCACAUUACCGACAUGUACCUGAGCUCGCGGCGGCAGAACUUGGAGCUGCUCGAUCGGUACGGCAAAAACGCGUGGUUGAUCGGCAACUAUGAGCUCGAGGGCGAGCUCAAGAGACUAGAGGCAGAGCUGGCGGCGACCAAAAAGGAGGUGGAUCUUGUCAACCUCGCGCGGCAACGGAGACAGGAAGACGUCAGGGGCGAACUGACCAUGCUGGAAGAAACAUGGAAGAAAGGCGUGGGCAGAGUCCUGGAGACAGAGGUCGCUGUGGAGGAGCUAAAAAGCCAAAUCCGCGCUGAAUUAAAGAACCAGGGAAAGACCGGGCAGGACGAACAGUAA